AAAAAGGACUGCGAGCUGGGAGCCCGGAGGACCCCCUUCCCCCUGCCCAGGGACUGAGCUCCAGAGCCUGUUAGGGAGCUACCCAGACAAUUAGGCUUUAGUUCCUAAAGUGCCGAGGAAACGCACGCAGCAGUAAAGGGGAGACUCGUCGGUGAGAUGGCGCCGGGCCUCGUUUCUCAGAGGCAUUCAGAGAGCUCCCCCAGCGUGAACUCUCGGCCGAAUGUGAUUUUGCCAGGCCGCGAGGGACGCAGAGCGGGGCUGCCACCCGGCGGGGGCACGCGCCCCCGGCUCGCCCCGAUCCGCCCGGUGCCGCCGUCCCCGGCUCCUCUCGGGGCGGGUGCGUACAGCUGGAGCCGUUCCGGACCCGGAAGGGGCGGUGGCGCAGGGUCCUCGCGCGUCCCACGUGGGGUCCUGGGCCCAGCAGUCUGCGCACCCGGCUCGCCGCUGCACCACGCGUCACCCACGCAGGCCAUGGCAGCUGCCGACAGUUCGCUCUCGGACAACCCCAGGACGUUCUCCAGACGUCCCUCAGCCCAGGCGAGUCGACAAGCAAAGGCUACGAAAAGAAAACACCAAGCGUCCAGUGAGGCUCCCCCAGCGAAACGGAGGAACGAAACUUCAUUUCUGCCAGCCAAGAAAACUAGUGUUAAAGAAACUCAGAGGGCUUUUAAGGGGAACACACAAAAAACGUUUACUCCAAAGAAGCAAUCGGUUGGCCCAAGUGAUAGAAACCAGGAGGAGAGACCAUGCAUUAAGACUUCAUCACUGUUUAAAAACAACCCUGACAUUCCGGAACUCCACAGACCUGUGGUAAAGCAGGUGCAAGAAAAAGUGUUUACUUCAGCUGCUUUUCAUGAGCUGGGCCUCCACCCACAUUUAAUUUCCACAAUAAAUACGGUCUUAAAAAUGUCUAGUAUGACCAGCGUUCAGAAGCAAAGUAUUCCUGUGUUGCUGGAAGGCAGAGAUGCUCUCGUGAGAUCCCAGACGGGCUCAGGUAAAACUCUUGCCUAUUGCAUCCCUGUGGUCCAGUCCCUUCAAGCAAUGAAGUCAAAAAUACAGCGCAGUGAUGGCCCCUAUGCCCUGGUACUCGUACCAACGAGAGAGCUGGCUCUACAAAGCUUUGACACUGUCCAGAAACUGCUUAAGCCUUUCACCUGGAUUGUGCCUGGAGUGUUAAUGGGAGGAGAGAAGAGAAAAUCAGAAAAGGCCAGACUCCGCAAAGGAAUAAAUAUCCUUAUCUCAACUCCUGGACGCCUGGUGGAUCAUAUAAAAUCCACAAAGAACAUUCAUUUUAGUCGGCUGCGGUGGUUGGUGUUUGAUGAAGCAGACAGAAUCUUGGAUUUGGGUUUUGAAAGGGACAUCACAGUGAUACUUAAUGCUGUAAACGCUGAAUGCCAGAAACGACAGAACGUCUUACUAUCAGCGACACUCACAGAAGGUGUAACGCGGCUAGCUGAUAUCAGUUUGCAUGAUCCAGUCAGUAUUUCCGUCCUGGACAAGAGCCAUGACCAGUUGAACCCAAAGGACAAAGCGGUCCGGGAGGUCUGUCCUCCACCAGCUGGCGACGAGCUGGACAACUUUGCAAUACCAGAGAGUCUCGAGCAACACGUGACUGUGGUUCCCAGCAAACUGAGGCUUGUCUGCCUAGCGGCCUUCAUCCUUCAGAAAUGCAAGUUUGAGAAAGACCAGAAGAUGGUUGUCUUUUUCUCAAGUUGCGAGCUGGUGGAGUUCCACUACAGCCUCUUCCUACAGACCCUGCUGAGCAGCUCAGGGGCGCCGGCAUCAGGGCAGUUGCCAUCUGCCUCCACGCGAUUAAAAUUCCUACGGCUGCAUGGCAACAUGGAGCAGGAGGAAAGAACAGCAGUGUUUCAGGAAUUUUCCCAUUCCAGGAGAGGCGUCCUUCUUUGCACGGAUGUUGCAGCUCGGGGCUUAGAUCUCCCUCAAGUCACGUGGAUUGUUCAGUACAACGCUCCAUCUUCACCUGCAGAAUACAUCCACCGGAUUGGAAGAACUGCCCGGAUUGGCUGCCAUGGGAGCAGCCUGCUCAUUUUGGCUCCUUCGGAGGCAGAAUAUGUCAACUCGUUGGCUUCUCACAAAAUCAACGUGGAGGCUGACACCCACCAUGCGGGUGUACCAGGAACCCUGGGGAAGGUGAAAUGCAAGCCCGCUGGCGCAGCUGGUUUCCUUUUCCUCCCUAACCCUGUUCUCACAGGCUUGGAGCCCGUCACAGUGCUGCUGGUGGCUGCGUUUCCUGUCAUAGGAAUUUGUCCUGCCAGACAGCAGCAGGCUCCCCAGAAAGGAGGUCCAGGCCAGAAUGAGUCUGGAGGCAGCUCCACACGCUCAGCCCCGGUGGUCCCUGUCCAGAUUCUCAGCAAGGACGGCUGCUUAGACCUGCCUAUCCCAGACAGCGUGGAAGAAAUAGGCUGCACCCGACUAAACCAUUAUUCCCUCACCCAACCCCACACCCUUACCCAGUAUUCCCGUGUACCUGAUCUUCUCAUAAAGCCAUCCUCAUCUUUACUUGACUUUAACAUCUCUAUAGCUCCCUUUUUUUCCCUAGUAAUAUUGAAAGGAUUACACUUGUUGGCCCCUAGGUGGUUACUGUGUGGUUUUACUGUUAUUAAAUCUAUUAUAAACUGCUUCAUUAUUCCUGACUUUGACUCUAUCUCUCCUUUAAUCCUUCCGUCGCCCUCUCAGAAAUCCCAUGCUGUUGGCCCCCAGGAAAUCCGAGAGCGAGCCACAGUCUUGCAGACGGUAUUUGAAGAUUACGUGCACUCCAGUGAGAGGAGGGUCUCCUGGGCAAAGAAAGCUCUGCAGUCCUUCAUCCAAGCCUAUGCCACCUACCCCAGGGAACUGAAGCACAUCUUCCAUGUCCGAUCCCUCCACCUUGGGCAUGUGGCGAAGAGCUUCGGGCUGAGAGAUGCCCCCAGGAAUCUUAGUGCCUUGACUAGAAAGAAAAGGAAAGCACACCUAAAAAGGCCUGACCUUCAUAAGAAGACCCAGAGUAAACACAGCCUUACUGAAAUCCUACGUUCGGAAUACUCAAGUGGCAUAGAGCCUGGCGUCGCCAAAGUCAAAAAGCAAAACGCACCCGGAGAGCCUGGUAGCCGGCCCCUGUGGCCCAGUCUGCAGCCGACACCCUGCUUUGGCCAUGGGAAAACAUUAAAAUGGAGAAAAACCCAGAAAGCUUUACAGCAGGACAGCAAGACUUCCCAGAAAGUUUAAAAUCUCUCUGGAUCUUCGAGUGGAUCCUGGAAGCCCUGGGUGGCAGUAGAUUGAUGUCCUGUUCUUGUCAGAGGAGCCUUGUGAAAAACAACUGCUGUCUUUCUCUGAAUACCACGUCCCCAAGAAUCAGAGGGGCCACAGCCCUUUUCCUCCGUGGGAGGCCCUGGAGCCUGAUAGAAAUCAGUGGUGUGGGGCACCAUAGAGACUAGCCAGCUCCCGAUGGAAGGGGUCUGUGUCUUGCAUUGAUCCCGUCAGUACCCGGCACUCCCUUCACCCAGGCGCUGACAUGCCGGGGUUGAGCUGGCACUCUGGGACGUGGUAUAAGAACGUCUUGCGUGUCAGUCUGGAACGGGGUUGAUUGCUGCCCUUACCUGUGUCCUGAAGUUUCACAGCUUGACUUCAGCCUACCUAUCAGUGCAUACAUUGGCAUGAAUUUUGUGAAUUAGGGUGUUAAAAACUGGAAUUGAAUUUGUACAAAGAGAGAAGAAAAUACAAAAAGUUUUUGGGCUGGGUCAAAAAAUACGAAUGUGUUUUCA